AUGGUUUGCUUUGACUGCAGUUUGUUAUCCCACCCGUUCAGCAAGACUGGCGUUUACCAAUCGCCGAGCGGAAUUGUGAUAUUCAGCACAACAGAACCCAAAGACGGGCAGAGUGGUCUGGGUGAUCAAGCGGAACUGAAGGCCAUACAUCUGUCACAUCGACCGGGCCUUGAUCCCAAUCUCAGCCCUCCAAUCAAGCUCUACACCGUCGACGCCGAAGUUCCAGCUGCCAUGGCGUCUUACAAGUGGGUUCAGGAGGCCUACCGGAGGAUUUUCCAGACGAUUGGGAUCCCGUUCACCGUUGCCAAAGCUGAUAUUGAAGCUAUCGGCAGUGCAACGUCCCACAAAGUAACAUUACCAGUUGUUGUGUUAAUCCACUGUACCCUAUGUUUGAACACCUCGAAACUGGAACUAGCACCAUCGAGCCUAUCACCGCGGGGAGACAACCCCAGCCGGCUGAAAGUUCAGUUCUUCUCAUCCCCAGGCACGGGGUGGUUCCUCGCGGCCGUCUUGCCGGCGACCCACGAGCUGCAUCAGCUCAAGCUGUUGAAAGUGUGUCCAGACAUCUGUCCGGUCCAGUCCUUCAAGAACAAUGUGUUGCCCGCGUUCAAAUUGCAGUGGGAGCAGAUAGAGGUGCUCGUGGACGAGAGCUGUCUAGCCGUGGAGAUCGAGCAAAUCUUCGAGCGCGUCAACUCCCAGUUCCGCCGCUGCUUUUCACCGCCUGUACAAGACUCAGAUGGCCGACUUGAGCUGUCCCCGCUCUCGAUAUGGCCCAGUCUACCAACCUACACUGUCCACGACCUGCGCACAGUGUCCGUCGGUAAACCAGGAUCGGGGCCAUAA